AUGAAGUACAAACAAUUAUGUCCCAAAUUCUUGCGACCAAACCCAUUGCUGCACAAAAGACACCAACGUUGUUCCUUAUGCGAUAGACUAUUGAAAACUCAACGUUACAUGACAGUCGGUAAAUCAGUCCAUGAAUCGUUCGCUAUCAAGAAUGAGAAAGCGAUUACCUACGCCGAAUGUUGUCGACAGUAUUUAAAAGAAUCUUCUCUUGUGGAUAAGUUACAUAUGAUUUGUCUGAAAUGUUGUAAUAAUUUACAACGGGUACAUUCAUUGCAUACGGAUGCAGAAGAUUUAACUGAAAAACUACGGCAGACUUGUUCGAAAACGAAACGUUUACAUCGCAUUCGACAUUCAUCAGCGAAAAGCGAAACAGAUAUAAAAAUUAAGAUCGAAUCGUCUCCGGUGGAUCACGUCAAAGAUUUACCGAUUCCAACAUCAGCGAUUAUUCCAAGUAUCAAUUCAGCUUUCAUUCCUCCACAAAUCUUUUCACACGAACAUCAAUGUAAUCAACCGUAUCUCUAUCCACACAAGAUAACGAAUCCAUCAACUAUUCCAUUCGCGCAAUUCCUUAUUGAUUCUCCAAUAGCCACCAAUCUCUCUCAUCGUGAUAAACAACGAACUCUUUCCAACUGUGAACAAACACCGCUAGAUGAUGAUCAUUCUCUUUCGUCAUAUCCCAACGAGGAUGAAAGCAAUAGUAAAAAUACUCGUCUGUCUCGUCGACAAUAUGAUUUUCUUAUUGAAUUACCUGAUCAACAGUCGUUAAAUUCAUUUAUCGAAACAUCAGCAUCCGAAUCCGGCUCACGAUGGACAUGGCGCCGAACAUCAUCGAAUUCUCGCGGCUACAAAGUUUACUAUGUAUGUAAUUUUUCUAUGCGUCGACACUAUCAUCCGUGUCCAGCGGCCAUGUACGCCUUAUUCAAUCCCGCUGGUUCAAUAUCCGUAUAUUCAUAUGGUCAACAUCGGCACAUUCCGAAAAAUCAUCUGCCAUUGAUAAUCUCAGAUCAAACUAAAGAUGAAAUAUUCAAAUGCUUACAAACAGAUAUGUCCGCAACGAGUAUUCGUGAACAUUUAAUUCGCUUGAAGUUACCAUUCGGUGAUACAAAGAAAUUGAAUAAUUUCAUAAAAUAUCAUCGAGAGUUGUUACGGUUCGGGGCAGUAACGAAUGUUCGAGUCAAUGGAACCGCUUAUCGACAGCCUCAAUAUUGGGCUAUUCGACGAUCAUCGCCAGUCAAUACGAACACGACAAUAUUGUAG